AUGGUGGAGGUGACGGUGACCCCGCAGUCCUCACUGGCUGACCGGGCCGGGCAAAAAAAACUGGCUGACCGGCCCGUGCAGGUGCGGGUGAAGGGCCUGUCCCCAUCCCAGCUCGUCACCGUGCGCACGUGGCUGAAGGACGAGCAAGGCGAGCGCUUCCAGGCCAGAGCCUUCUUCCGCGCCGAUGCCACGGGAGAGGUGGAUCCCACGCUCCACGCCGCCCUGGGGGGCAGCUACUCCGGGGUCUGGCCCAUGGGGCUCUUCUGGUUCCUGCAGCCCGACAGCCUGUUCCGCCGGCUGGUGAAGCGGGUGCGGCUGGAGUUGUUCAAUGGGCUCCAGCUGGGCACGGACCCUGCGGAGCAGCCGCUGGGAUCCUGCCAGGCUGAGCGGUGGUAUGUGGGCCCUGGAGUGCAGAGAGUGCCUGUCCGUGAGGGAAGGGUCCGCGGGGCCCUCUUCCUGCCACCCGGCCCAGGACCCUUCCCAGGGGUGAUUGACCUGUUUGGGGGUGCUGGGGGGCUGAUCGAGUUCCGGGCAGGACUACUGGCCAGCCGAGGUUUCGCCGUGCUGGCCCUUGCCUUCUUUGCCUACGACGACCUGCCCAGGGCCCUCACCCAGCUCGACCUCGAGUACUUUGAGGAGGCAGCAGAGCUGCUCCUUCGCCAUCCCAAGGUUCGAGGCCCUGGCCUGGGCGUUGUCGGUGUCUCCAAAGGUGCAGAGGUGGCCUUGGCCAUGGCCACCUUCCUGCCACAGGUGGUGGCCACGGUGUGGAUCAAUGGCACAGCCUACCUCCACGGCAACCCCUUGGUCUACAAGGAUGUCCGUAUCCCACCCAUUCCCUACUGCACCGAGCACGUGACUUUCACUGAGGUGGGAGCAUUGGACAACUCCAGGAUCUUUGCUGAUCCCCGGGAUCCUGCGUACCGUGCCUCGGCCAUCCCCGUGGAGAAGAUCCGGGGAAAGGUGCUCUUUGUGGUGGGAGAGGCUGACAGGAGCUUCAACAGCAAGCUGUUUGCCCAGCUGGCCCUUGAGCGUAUGCCUCCGCAGAGUGGGAGGAUCCUGUCGUAUCCCGGCGCCGGACACCUGAUCGAGCCCCCUGGCUCACCCCUGUGCAGCAACUCCAGCAUCCGAGGAGCACCACGGCCGGUGGCAUGGGGAGGGGAGCUUGAGCCACAUGCCAAGGCCCAGGAAGAUUCCUGGCGGGAGAUUGUCCAGUUCUUGGAACUCCAGCUGGGAUUGACUGCCACCAUGAAGCUGUGA